AAAGAGGCCAUGGAGCACAGCCACAUCUUCCCGGUUUUUUCCCCAAAUGGGAGCACCUGGAGCCCGGGGCAGCAUCCUUCUGAGGUUGCCCAGGGAUGCCCUCUCGGACCACUGCCUGUCAUCUACUACAGCGUCCUGCUCUGUCUCGGCCUGCCGGAGGCUAACAUCCUGACAGUGGUCAUCCUGUCCCAGCUGGUGCUGCGUCGCCAGAAGUCCUCCUACAACUAUCUCCUGGCUCUGGCAGCUGCCGACAUCCUAGUCCUACUCCUCAUUGUUUUUGUUGACUUCAUACUGGAAGAUUUUAUCUUGGGCAUGCCGCUGCCUCUGUCACUAAACAAUGCAGUGCAGGUCUUGGAGUUCUCGUCUAUCCACACCUCCAUCUGGAUCACCGUGCCCCUCACCAUUGACCGUUACAUUGCUGUUUGCCACCCGCUGCGCUACCAUACGGUCUCCUACCCAGCCCGCACACGAAGGGUGAUAUUUGCUGUGUAUAUUGGGUGCUUGCUCUCUGCAGCCCCUUAUUACUGGUGGCCUGAGCUGUGGCACAGCCUUCCUGGGGUGGGCAGUGGUGGCGGAGGAGAGGGCAGCAGGAGAACCGUGGCCCAGCAUGUCCUGGUGUGGGCCCACUGUGCCACCGUCUACCUCCUCCCCUGCACCGUCUUCUUCUCCCUCAACGCUGUCAUCGUUCGUAAGCUGCGCAGACGUCGCAGCUGUUUCCGUCUGCGCGGCUACUCUACCGGCAAGACCACCGCCAUUCUCCUCGCCAUCACCUCCGUCUUUGCCGUUCUGUGGGCACCACGCACCCUCAUGAUCCUCUACCACUUCUACUCCUCUCCUCCAUCCUCACAAGGGGCCGGCCGACUGCUCCACAUGCUCACUGAUCUGGCGAACAUGCUAGCGUUGCUCAACACUGGUGUCAACUUCUUCCUCUACUGCUUCAUCAGCAAGCGUUUCCGGGGAAUGGCGGCCAAUGUGCUGCGAGCCUUGGUCCACUGCCGGAAGCAGCCGCCACCGUUCUACGCCAGCCACAACUUUUCCAUCACAAGCAGCCCCUGGAUCUCGCCAGCCAACUCCCACUGCAUCAAGAUGUUGGUGUACCAGUAUGACAAAAAUGGGAAGCCCGUCUGUAUUUCCUCUUGAGUCCGCAGCCACCAGCAGUCGCCCCCACUCUAAAUCAUUGGGGAGCAUAUUCAGGCUUUGUCACCUUGGUGACCAGCUUUGCCCGCAUGGGACUCUUUGAGGCUUGAAAAUGUCAACACGCCCGGAGAGCACAGAGGUGACAGUUUAGCUAGCUUUGAGCGAUGACAAAGUGGUAGGCUAGCAAGGGGGAAAAGCAAACAGCAGGUAUUCACAGUGUUCACAAAGCAGCAAACAGCAUCAAAUAGAUGUUGAUUGUUUCCUCCACGCAAAAAAUAAAGCUACUGUAAGUGACCGACUGCUGCUUGAGUGAGAGUCUCAACUCACUGACUGAUAAAGGGAUAUCACCACCAUCUGUCACUGACUUUUAUGAGCCACCGUUUGUAUCAGUAUAAACUGACAACUAGAUGAAUCCUUGAUGAAGCAUCAAAUGCCCGGUGGUGCUGGUUUCUUUAUGGACGCUUUCUGCUGCACACUACCGCCGACGGUGAAGAGCUCUGAACAGCUGCGCCUUUGUCCGUUGGGAGUCAUUUCCAGAAAGCAGAGAUCCAGCCUGAGUCUGGGCACUAAACAUCUCACCUCAAGGGGUGAUUCACUCAGGCAGAGUCACCGAUGGUGUGUCCACUGCCCGCAGUUCUGACUGUCUCUCAAGCAAUGUAAAACAGCGCUGUCAUUUCCAGUUUAAUAUGCAGAGGAGUCUCAAAGGCAUGUUAAUUUGGGCUUUUAUAAAUUGAACAGCCCUCCCUGAGUUUCCUCGUGUGUGCUGAGUUCAUCCUAGCAGUGCAGGUCACCCACAAGUCGGCGCUCGCUAUGGAAUAACAAGUUAUCCCACAUCCAAGCUCACAGAUUGUUGUAGCAUGAGUAGACUCUCUGCCUAUUGUUGGUUAAAUAUUUAUUAAUGGUAGACUUGACUGUUAUUGUAUCUUCACAAAAAUACAAGACAAAAAAAAUGACUAAGGUGUCAUUAAUCUAGUAAUCACAUUUACAAUAUUAGGAGGAGGAAAUUUCUGCUAUUAGUAGAUAGUCCUCUAUUAACUAUUAAUGGUCCUUGAUGACUUACUGUUAGCCAUUAUCUGGAUGAAUGUAACUGAACAUGUCUUUAACCCUUGAGCUUUCAGGGAGAAUGACAAUAAAAAUAAGAGAGAGAGAGAGAGAAAAAGGACAGAAAAAUCCACUCUCCUUCCCUUCGGUUUGUUUUCCCUGUCCAAGGAUUUCAGUCUCAUGAUGCAGCAGUGAAUUUGGUCUCAGGGCCACACUGACACCUUUCAGCUCGGCUCAUUCUGCUGCUGGCUGCUGGCAGUUCUGUAACAUUUUACACCAAAACACAGUCACGUACAUCAACUCUCAGUCAUCUGUCUUGGUGCUGCCUGAGUCCUGCCUGGUAACAAACCAUAAAUGUGAACACUCACACA